AUGGCCGUCACGCACAACUCUCUCUCCCGCGAGGGGAGGGGGGGCCUUCUCGACAUCUCCUCCGACAACUCCGACAGCAGCAAUGCCCUGUUAGCACCAGUGGACUACAUCCGGCGCGUCCACUGGCGAUCUCUCGUGAUCCGUCUCGGCUGGUUCCUCGUUCCCAGCUUUCUCCAGGGCCGCCACUUGUCCGACCAGGCCCGGCCCGCCAAACUAGGUCCCACGGCCUAUCUCGACGGCAUGCGAGGCAUCGCUUCGCUGUGUGUCUUUUUCUGCCACUUUGGAUACCAGAGUUAUUCACUCAUGCACGGCUGGGGCGGUGAAGGCGCCAACUUCAACAUCAUGCGGCUGCCCUUCUUGCGUCUCAUCUAUGCCGGAUCGCCCGCCGUUAGCAUCUUUUUCAUCAUCUCCGGCUACGCCCUCUCCUACAGACCCAUGAAACACAUCCGGAACCGCAACUUUAAAGAAUUCGCUAGCGGUCUGAGUUCCAUGGCCUUUCGCCGCGGCAUCCGUCUUUACCUCCCCAUCGUCGCCUCCACGGCAAUGUGUGUCGUCCUCGUCCGGAUGGGCGUGUACGAGUGGACCCGGCCCAUCACAUUAGAUCACACGUAUUUGCGAAACAUUAUAGAAAACCAUGCCAACAUUUUCCCCUCUGCUUAUGAGCAGUGGAGGAAGUGGGCCGUUAUGAUCCUCGACGGCUUUGACCUCUUUAGCUGGCAAGGAUUCGACGGAUACCGAUAUUACGAUCUUCAUUUAUGGACCAUCCCCACCGAAUUCCGCUGCUCGUUCUACCUGUUUGCCGUCAUGAUCACGACAGCUCGCCUGCAGACCAAGUUUCGAUUCCUCACCGUCGCCGUCGUCAUGUACUUCACCUACACACGCAGCAGAUGGGACUUUUUGCUGUUCCUCUUUGGCAUGGUCCUCGUCGAGUGGGACCACAUUCGCGGAGCCCAUACUUCUCAUUCUUCGAGCCCUACCUUACCGCUCGGAGAAAAGGAAGCCGACAAGUCUGCCUCAACGCCCAAGGCAAUCUUCUGGCAGGUACUGGCCAUCUUUGGCUUAUACCUUAUGAGCCACCCUGACAUUGCCGACACGACCACCCCGGGCUUUGCCUAUCUUUCGUCUCUGAUCCCUGAGUGGUGGAAUGCCGAGCGGUUUCGGUAUAUGCAUGGCAUUGGUGCGGCCUUCUUUAUUACCGCCGUGGGCUAUUUGCCACGGUGGCAGCAAUUCUUCAACUACCCUGUUUGCCAGUACUUGGGCAAGAUAUCAUACGCUCUGUAUCUCAUGCAUGGGCCCGUUACAAAGGCAGUUGGCUACCACUGGCAGAAGAUGGCUUGGGACAUAACGGGCGUUGAGGGCGACGCGUACCACGUCGGCUUCGUUCUGGGCGCCUGUUUUUGCAUCCCGACUAUUGUCUGGUGUGCCGAUAUCUUCUGGCGGGCUGUGGAUAUUCCCACAGUGCAGUUUGCCAAGUGGUAUGAGAACCAGCUCAUUGUCAAGGCCGACUAG